AUGACCGCUUUUAGUUCACUCUCUACUGCUGUAUUACUGUUCGUCGGAGCAGUAGUAGGUCAGGAAUGUCCGAGAGGGAUGCAAUCGUUGGCGAAUGGUCAUUAUUGUAUAAACGAUCGAGGAUGUGAAAUGCAAGGAACUGGAUUCAAAUGUUUCUCUGGCACUUGCUGUAUCAAAAGCCAUACAGAGGGUCCUUACCCAAUAUGCAGAGGUGCUGAUGAAGAAGCUGAGAUGAAGAACGGCUUGGCAAAGAAUUGUCUCGAAGAAUCAUGUUCAGACGGUUAUCAGUGUGAAUACAGUCACACCUACAAUAACGGACAGUUCGUUUGUUGCGGUAGACCGCCACUAGUUCCUGUAAUACCACCGUCUCAAUACGGUGUCGUGAAGAUCAAUCCACACACUGGUGGACCGUUACCGUGCAUUGCGGGAAACAGUUGCAGAAAAUUUCCUGACACGCCGAAUUGUGUUUACUCGAAUCGGUUCGAGUUUAAAGUGUGCUGUUCCACGUCGUAUUGUUGA